CGACCCCGCGGCCCGCAACGGCGGCGGGGACGAGUCGUUGAGACCGCGAGCCGAGCCGAGCCCCGGCGGACGUCGCCCGACUCUGCUGGGCCCGCGCCGGAGAGAGAGCCAGCUUCAUUCGAACAGGGGCUAUGAAAAAAUGGUCGGGCAAACGAGGAAUAAGCUCAGAGAAGCGGCUUCAGAGCCUGUGCACGCUCCGCGCUCCGUGCAGUCUAGGCGGCGGCGCCGGGCGACCGGGGCCGGGGAGCCGGAGGUGGGGGAGGAGCGGCAGGAGGAGGUGGAAAAGCCGGAGCUGCCUUGGUCUGUAGGCGGCGGGAACCUGCCCGGGGGCGCCCGGCGGUACUCGCCGCGGAGGACCCGAAACCCGAAAGCGCAGAAUUGCGCGCAACUGGAAGUGGCCUCGAGGACGCUUUUUCUCGGCCGCUUUCAAUUCCUCAGCUGUUUCCUGGAGCAGCUCCGCGACAAGGUGCACCUACUGCGGAGACGUCAUUUCUUGGGCAGGACCACCUAUGGCAUAGCUGCAUUUGUGGGAAUUUUGCACUGGAUACACUUAGUAACACUUUUUGAAAAUGAGCGUCAUUUUUCUCACCUCUCAUCUUUGGAACGGGAAAUGACUUUUCGCACUGAAAUGGGACUUUAUUAUUCCUACUUUAAGACCAUUAUUGAAGCACCUUCAUUUUUGGAAGGAUUGUGGAUGAUUAUGAAUGACAGGCUCACUGAAUAUCCUCUAGUAAUUAAUACAGUGAAACGCUUCCAUCUUUAUCCAGAGGUAAUAAUAGCCUUCUGGUAUCGCACAGUUGUGGGACUAAUGAAUUUAAUUGGGCUAGAAACUAAAACCUGCUGGAAUGUCACCAGAUUAGGACCGGUAAAUGAAGUUCAAAGCUGUGAAGGAUUUGGAGACCCUGCUUACUUUUAUGUUGAUGUGAUUUUUAUUUUAAAUGGAAUAAUGAUGGGAUUGUUCUUCAUAUAUGGUGCAUACCUGAGUGGGACUCAACUUGGAGGUCUAAUUACAGUAUUAUGCUACUUUUUCAACCAUGGAGAGGCUACUCGUGUGAUGUGGACACCACCUCUCCGGGAAAGUUUUUCUUAUCCAUUUCUUGUACUUCAGAUGUACAUUUUAACUUUGAUUCUCAGGACCUCGAACAAUAGUAGACGGCAUUUCAUUGCACUCUGUCUUGCCAAUGUUGCUUUCAUGCUUCCCUGGCAAUUUGCUCAGUUUAUACUUUUUACACAGAUAGCCUCAUUAUUUCCCAUGUAUGUUGUGGGGUACAUUGAGCCAAACAAAUUUCAGAAGAUCAUUUAUAUGAACAUGAUUUCGGUUCUCCUUUGUUUUGUGUUGAUGUUUGGAAAUCCAAUGUAUUUAUCUUCUUACUAUUCUUCAUCUUUGUUAAUGACAUGGGUGAUAAUUCUAAAGAGAAAUAAAAUUCAAAGAUUGGGAGUGUCUGAACUCAACUUUUGGCUAAUUCAAGGUUGUGCUUGGUUGUGUGGGACAAUCACUUUGAAAUUUCUGACAUCUAAAAUCUUAGGUGUUUCAGACCAUAUUCGCCUGAGCGACCUUAUAGCAGCCAGAAUCUUAAGGUAUACAGAUUUCCAUACCUUAAUUUACACCUGUGCUCCUGAAUUUGACUUCAUGGAAAAAGCGACUCCACUGAGAUACACAAAGACAUUAUUGCUUCCAGUUGUUAUGGUGAUUACUUAUUUUAUCUUUAAAAAGGCUUUUCGUGAUAUUUUGUGUGUCUUAUCUACGAAUACUUAUCUAAGAAAACAGCUCCUUGAACAUGGUGAGCUAAUUUUUCACACAUUGCAGCUGUUUGCAUUUACUGCUCUUGCCAUUUUAAUUAUGAGGCUGAAGCUGUUUUUGACACCUCACAUGUGUGUUAUGGCUUCCUUGAUAUGCUCUCGACGGCUCUUUGGCUGGCUUUUUUACAGAGUUCGUUUUGAGAAUGUUAUCUUUAGCAUUCUAACAGUGAUGUCAAUACAAGGUUUUGCAAACCUCCGUAAUCAAUGGAGCAUAAUUGGAGAAUUUAAUAAUUUGCCUCAGGAAGAACUGAUACAGUGGAUCAAAUACAAUACCAGACCAGAUGCUGUAUUCGCAGGUACCAUGCCUAUAAUGGCAAGUGUCAAGCUCUCGGCUCUUCACCCCAUUGUGAAUCACCCACAUUACGAGGAUGCAGACUUGAGGGCCCGGACAAAAGUAGUUUAUUCUACAUAUAGUCGAAAAUCUGUAAAAGAAGUGAGAGAUAAAUUGUUGGCAUUACAUGUGAAUUAUUACGUCUUAGAAGAGGCUUGGUGCAUUGUGAGAACUAAGCCUGGUUGCAGUAUGCUUGAAAUUUGGGAUGUGGAAGACCCUUCCAAUGCAGCUAACCCUCCCUUAUGUAGCAUCUUACUCAAGGAUGCAAGGCCUUACUUUACCACAGUCUUUCAGAAUAGUAUGUACAGAGUGUUAAAGGUUAACUGAGAAUGAGACUACCGUUACACUGUGGUGCAAAGAAGUGUGUCAAAAACAAUCAUUUUUUGGCUUAUUUACAGUAAUAAAAAUCACAAGCUUUAGUAAGGGACCCUUAAAAAGAAGAUAAUAAAAAUGAUUUCAAGUGUUUCUAAUUACUAAAAGGUAAAUUAUUUCAUUGUUUUCCAUUGAAUAUCAGCCUUAUUAAGCUUGUCAUUUAAAUGAUUAAAUCAUUUCAUACUGCAUAAACAAAUGUUCAUCUUAAAGUUUGAAAGAAAAAUGUAUGUAAAAGAACAAUGAAAUUUAAUAAAUCAAGGAUAUGUACAUCCUUUUGUAUCCAACUAGGUGAAUUGCUUCCGAUUUUCUCUAGAACCAGGAUGUACCAGCUGAAACUCUAAACCAUUUAGAAUAGACUAAUACAGUUUUCUGAAAUGACACUUUCUUAAGAUCCUGAUACUGAUCACAGCUUCUUUACCUCUGUGAGGAAAUUUGUAACCAUGUGUCUAUUAAGUUUGUUUUUGCUUUUACUAGCCCUCAGGAAAGAUAUUUAAUAGCUUUUAAUAACUUUUUUGGUAUCAUUUCAUACAAGUUAAGUAUUUUUAAAAACAGCUUAUUUUGUAAUGUUUUGAAUCUCUUGAAAUUUAUUUACCCAACCAGAUAAGUAUUUUCUACUGAUUAUUUCUUAACCUAAGUCCAACAGGUUAUUAAUCUGUCUAUAGAAUCCAGUGGUUUUUCUUUUAAUAUCCAGGUAAAAUAAAAAUUGCUAUGGUACGCAGCCAAAUUUGGGAGUUAAACAGAAUCAUAAAAGAAAAUUUAGUUAAAUUUAUUAAACGAGGUUUUAACAUUCUAGAUCUGAAUGAAGCAAAGGCAUUUUCAUCUUGAUAGCCCCGUAGCUCAUUGGAAUAGUCUUUCUUUCUAGUCACCAUCUUUAUAAUAACAUAUUUUUAAGUUCUCAUUUAUUUUUGGUUUUGGAUGGGAAGGUGACGUUUUAUAAAUUGUCUCCUCUAAUAUAAAACCUAUCCAAUAAUAAUGCUUUGAAAAGUGGUAAAUAGUUAUCUUGAAGAUACUGUUACCAAAUGCAAAGAUAAACACUCUUUUUCUCUGCUUGGUAGAUAUUAAAUAUGCCACAUCUAUAGUAUUUUAAUGUGCAUCUACUUUAAUCAUCUUGGAGUUUUUGCGAUUUCCUUAUGUUCUAGCCUCUCUACACUUGAGAUAACAAAAUGACUUAAUUCCAUAGAUCAGUUCACUUAUAGUAGGUAGGAGAUUAUAUACACGAAAACCAAUAAAAUUGUUCUUCAACUUUUAUGGUUGUAAAAUAUUUUAGUACAAGAUACAAAACAGCUAAGAAAGCGUGUCACAUUAUAUUUAUAUUAGCAUUUUCAAAUGAUUUGUUUUGGUGGAAGUAUGGAGCAAAGAAGGAAAGGAGAUAUAACAUUCAUAAAAAUUAAAAUACAUUUUGGAUGAUGUUUUCCUAGGAAAUAUUUUAAUAACAUUGGUAUAACUUUUUAAAAAAAACAUCUGUAAUAGCUAAUAAAAUAUUCGAUACAACUAUAUUUACAUGGGUUUAUAUAUAGGAAAACCAAUAAAAUUA